AUGGUCAAACCCUUAACAUUCAAAGGCGACAAGCCCAAAUCCAAAAAGCGCAAGAACCCCGACCGCGACCACGACCGCGACCUCUCCGCACCAUCCAAACAGCCCAAGCCUGCAGAGUCUGGCGACCCAGAAGCGGACGCUGAAGCUGAUGCCCGGGCAAAUACAAAGGCAGAAGCCUCAGCUGAAGACCAGAGUUGGGUCACCGCCGACACAACAUCAGACAUCUCAGGGCCCAUCGUUAUCGUCCUCCCCUCCGAGCCCCCGGCAUGCAUUGCCUCAGAUAUGAACGGGAAAGUGUAUGCGAGUGAACUGGAGAAUCUAAUUGAGGGGGAUGCGCGGACUGCGGAGCCGCAUGAUGUGCGGCAGGUUUGGGUUGCGACGAGGGUUGCGGGGACCGAAGGGUUUAGUUUGAAGGGUGGACAUGGGAGAUAUUUAUCAUGCGACAAGUACGGUCUUUUCAGCGCUACUGCCUCGGCGAUUUCGCAGCAUGAGUCGUUCCUAAUGCACCCGUCGCCUGAUAUCCCGGGGACGUUCUUUAUUCAGACAAUUGGUGGUGCCGGGGAAACAGAUACGUUUUUGGGGGUAAAAGAAACGAAUAAGGGAGUUGAAAUCCGCGGAGACGAAGAGAGUCUCUCGUUCCAGACGACUGUGCGGAUACGGAUGCAGGCGCGGUUCAAGCCGAGGAUAAAGGCUAACAAGGAGACGAAGGCGAAGGAGAAGGUUAGCCGGAAGGAGCUGGAGGAGGUUGUUGGGCGGAGGCUGGAUGAUAGUGAGGUUAAGAGGCUGAGGAGAGCGAGGAGGGAGGGGAAUUUCCAUGAGGAGAUUUUGGAUGUUAGGGUUCGCGGGAAGCAUGAUAAAUUUGCUUGA